AUGGAAGACUUUGUACCCUCAUUAAAUAGCUUAGUCAAAUAUUCAACACCUGUUUUAGUAUCUGUAGCUGGAAAAAACACUGGCGAAAAAAAAGAUGCCUAAGCUAAGCAAUAAGUCAGAGUCAAUAGUCCUGGAAGACAAGAGAAGAUGAUAACCUAAGAGAUUUUAUAAUAAAAUCUACCACCUAAAGAAUACAGAUUGAAGAAUGGACAAUUAUGGGUGCAAACUGUUUUAUCUACUCCUGCAACCAGAAUUGAAGUGGUCUAAUUAUAACAAGAGUUAGACAAAAGGUUAGUAUAGAGAGGAGCCAGAGAAACAGGAAUUUGCCCAAUAAGAGAAGAGUUAUACGAAUAAUGCUUUGAUGAAUUGAUUCGAUAGAUCACAAUUGAUUGCAGUUAAAGAGGAUUAUUAUUGGUGAAUUCGAAACGAAUUCCGAAUUCCAUAGCAUAUGGUAUGAGAAAGAUGAUUGAUGCUGAAUAGAAAAGAACAGAUAAAUCUAAUAAAAUCAUGUUUAUGGACAGAGAAUGUUAAGAAUUGUAGAAAGCUGUGGAGGAUUUGGAAUAAAAAAUCCAAUAUACAAAAAAAGUUGAAACUGAGAAAUUAUAAAAAGAAUCUGAAAACCAUAAAAAUGAGAUAGAAAAAAUUAGAGCCUAUAAUAACUCCCUUAAAGAUGAGUUAGGUAGAUUGCUAGAAGGUAGAAGAUGACUAAGAUAUAAUAUAUAUAAUAAACCGAUAUAUAUAUAUUAUAUAUCACA